UUUUGUUUUCGCCUGUGUUUCUAUCGUCAUCCCCACUUUUUCCUCUUUUUUCCAUGCUUCAAAUCUCUGCAGUACUGCCAGUGAGCAACGAAACCUCUCUUUGAAUCCAAGUCUCUCUCUCUCUCUCCCCCUUCCACAUCUGGGUGUGCGUGUGCGUGUGUGUGUAUGCUCCCUUUUUAACUUGGCGUCCGUCUUCUGCAUUGUCAGCGCACAUUCUUGGUUGCUUGGUUUGGUGGGUAGUUACCAAAUCUUGGAUUCGGGCUCUCUGGUCUUCGCUCCUGUGUGCCAAAGCUCUUCUUCUCUGUUCUUGCGAGCGCUUCUUUCUUCUUCUCUGUUUCAAGAUAUUCCAUUUCCGGUAGUAGAUUGCAGCUUUUAGGACCUAGAACGCACCCGUAAAAUCUUCAUUUGGGUUUCUUGAGCGAAAGUGAGUUGUUUAGUGUAGAGAUUUUCGAAGAAAUGAGAGCAUUCGGUUCAGUUCAGCCUCUGCUUGUUGUUUUUGGAGUUCUGUUGGUGACUUGUGACUCUUUUGCGCCUUACGAAGGUUGGGCACUAAUUACUUUCAAGGAGGCCAUCUAUGAGGACCCCGAUAUGGUUUUGUCCAACUGGAAUGCCCUAGAUGCAGAUCCUUGCGACUGGUCCGGCGUAUCUUGUUCGGCCGCUCGGGACCAUGUACUCAAAAUAAACAUUUCGAAUUCAGGUUUGAAGGGGUUUCUUACGCCAGACCUCGGUCACCUCACCUACUUGCAGGAAUUAAUUUUGCACAAUAACAACCUGAUAGGGACCAUUCCAAAAGAAGUCGGAAUGUUGAAGAACCUCAAAGUCUUGGAUUUGGGGAUGAAUCAAUUAUCGGGCCUGAUACCUCCUGAGAUAGGGAAUCUGACAAAUCUUAUUAGAAUAAAUCUAGAGUUCAAUGGCCUGACUGGCAUGAUGCCUCAAGAACUUGGAAAUUUAAAGUAUCUCGAGGAACUUCUGCUGGACAGGAAUAAGCUUCAAGGGAAUGUUCCUGCUCAAAGCAGCAUCAAUUUCACAUCCAAUGUACAGGGCAUGUAUGCCUCAAAUGCAAAUUCAAGCGGCUUAUGUCGCUUAUCCCAGUUGAAGGUGGCAGAUUUUUCAUUUAAUUUUUUGGUUGGGGACAUACCAAAAUGCCUGGAGUAUCUACCAAGUGUGAGCUUUCAAGGAAAUUGCCUUCAAAAUAAAGAUCCCAAGCAGCGUUCCAGUGCACAGUGUGGUGCUUCUCCACCCGGCAAAAGCCAUUCAGACGUCAUUCCAAAACAUCAGUCUGCCAAUGAUGAAGCCAAACAUCAGAGAACAUCGAGACCUACCUGGUUAUUGGCUCUAGAGAUUGUGACGGGAACUAUGGUGGGGUCUCUAUUUCUCAUAGCUCUUCUGACUGCUCUUCAGAGAUGCAAUAGCAAGUCGUCCAUCAUUAUACCUUGGAAGAAAUCAGCCAGUGAGAAGGACCAUAUUUCUGUAUACGUAGAUUCUGAUGCGUUGAAGGACAUAAUGAGAUUUAGCAGACAAGACCUAGAAGUAGCUUGUGAAGACUUCAGCAAUAUUAUUGGUUCAUCACCAGAUAGUUUGGUUUACAAGGGAACUAUUAAAGGUGGUCCUGAGAUUGCCGUAAUAUCACUUUGCAUCAAACAAGAGCAUUGGACAGGCUAUCUAGAACUCUACUUCCAAAGAGAGGUGGCAGAUUUAGCUAGACUAAAUCAUGACAAUACAGGAAGAUUAUUGGGCUACUGCAAGGAAAGCACGCCUUUCACACGGAUGCUUGUUUUUGAGUAUGCAUCCAAUGGGACACUUUAUGAACACCUUCAUUAUGGAGAAGGCUGCCAAUUAUCCUGGACACGGCGUAUGAAAAUAGUCUUGGGCAUUGCUCGUGGGUUGAAGUAUCUUCACGAGCUUGACCCACCCUUUACUAUAUCCGAGUUGAAUUCCAGUGCCGUAUAUCUAACAGAAGAUUUUUACCCAAAGCUCGUCGAUUUUGAGAGUUGGAAGACGAUUCUUGCAAGAUCAGAAAAGCAUUCGGGAUCCAUUGACAGUCAGGGCUCCAUUUGUGUUCUUCCCAAUUCCUUAGAAGGGCGCCAUGAGGAUGUUCAGGGAAACAUCUAUGCUUUGGGGGUACUUCUGCUGGAAAUAGUGAGCGGAAGACCUUCAUACUGCAAGGACAAAGGGAGCUUGGUAAAUUGGGCUAAGGACUAUCUUGAGCUGCCAGAAGUAAUGUCUUACGUGGUUGACCCUGAGUUGAAACAUUUCCAGUACGAGGACCUUAAAGUAGUGUGUGAGGUGGUGAGCUUAUGCCUGAAUCCUGAUCCUACCAAGCGGCCUUCGAUGCGAGAUAUAAGCUCCACGUUGGAAACCCGGAUCGACACAUCUUUUUCUGCGGAGCUGAAGUCGUCGUCUUUGGCAUGGGCCGAGCUUGCGCUUUCAUCAUAACAGAGCUGAAGUUUGAACUUUAAAGCUAACAUACUGUAAAUCAGGAACGUAUAAGUGUAAUUCUCGUCAUUGAUACCUCAUCUCAGUUUUCUUACUGGUUCGUGUAAAUGUUUGGAGUGCUAGAAGGAAAAACAAAGAGUGUUGAGCUUGACAGUGUACUCCUUGUAUACCAUUUAUUGAUGAGUACAGUUCUGAAGCGCAAUCGAUGGAUUAGGAUGCCUU